AUGUCUUGGUUUCAAUUAAUUAUCGUGUCACUAUUUCUACAAUCAUUAUUUAUCAAUAGUAUCAAUGGUAGUGGAUUUCGUCGUCGUCGGCAACAACCAUCGGCAUCGAUCUAUGGAAAUUCAAAUGUAGGCGGUGCAAAUUCACCGUCAGCAUAUAAUUAUCCACCGAAUACGAAUUUCUAUGGUAAUAAUUUAAAUAGCCAAGGUACCAAGGAUUUAUAUGGCAGUCCUAUGAUGGUACCAAAUGCUGGCAAUUCAAUGAACAAUAUGGGUUUAUAUAAUCAACAACAACAACAACAACAGCAGCAGCAGCAGCAACAACAACAACAACAGCAGCCACAACAACAAUUGUACGGGCCAAGUGGUCAAUCAUUAUCGAAUCCUGCCUAUGGCGGAAGUAGUCUUUAUUCAGGUAGUGGAACAAAUCAACUUUCACGUGAUCCAAAUACAAACAUGGGAGUGCGCGAUGCGAAUAGUAAUCUUUUACCAGCAGGAUCAUCUGGUUCCUCGUUAUAUCCGCCAUCAAAUUCCCAAAUGGGGGGUUAUCCAUCAAAUACAAAUCAAGUCUUAAAUAAUAAAGAUAUGUAUAAUCCACAACCGAAUCCUAAUUAUAAUUCAUAUGGUUAUAAUAGCGCAGUUCUAGCAAACAGUAAUCCGUAUGGUGGACAAACGGGUUUGAAUGCGAAUGCAAAUGCUAAUUCAUGGCCAAAUGCGAAUAAUAACAAUAAUAAUAAUGCGAAUUCAUGGUAUCCAAAUCGAGAUUCAAGUAAUAAUAAUAAUAAUAAUAUUGGAUAUUCCAAUUCGCCUUAUUUUUAUAAUAGUGGAUAUCGUCUUAUGACAUCAUGUUUAUCUGUAUUUCUUUCGUUUAUUGUUGUAUCAUUUUUUCAUUUCUAA